AUGGAUCUAAAGGGCCCCCUUGUCAACACUAAUCUUAGAAUAUAUCCUUCUCUAAAGUUAAUUGAGUUUAUUAAAACUAUUCCAGUCACAAAAGAAGUUCCAGGAAAUAUUGUUACAUAUAUUAAGAGUGAAAAUAAAACCAGUUUAGAUAUAAACUAUGAUGUCAUUGAUACAAAGCAAACUAUAUUGACAGAGACAGAUUAUAAUAUUAUAAAUAAAAUAAAGACAUUUGUUGAAUCAGAUGAAACAUCUAAAGAUAAAGAUGAAAUAAAAGAAAAUGUUAAUUAUAAUAAAGAUGCCUCUGAGUUAGAGGACAGAAAUGAUGCAGUUAAUAUACAAAUCAAAAAGGAAGAAGAAGAAGUAGAUGUACCAUUCCUUACAACCUCUGAUUUAGAUUGGCUCUAUAUUUAUUUAAAAAGUAAACAUGACAAGGGUGAAAAAGCACCAUACUUACAUGCAUUAUUACAAUCAUCUGAAGUUAAAGUGCCUCAAAAUAAAAUACUUAAAAGAAAUCCUGAUUUAGAAGCAAGGUGUGUCAAACUGCGUGCACAACAAGAGGCAAGAGAAUAUAGAAAAAUGACAAAAGGUGUAGAUAAUGUAAGGAUCCGUUAUCCAGAGGACAGUAUUUCUUAUCAAAUUAAGCAACUAAAUCGCCAUUUGAUUGCAAUUGGACAGUUCUUACUAUCAAUUUUUGCUGGUUUUCUCUUUGGAUUUCGGGGCGUUGAAUGGAUAGUUGGCAACUUAGACUUCGGAUUUAGGCUCUUACUUGGUGUUAUGUGUGCAUUAGUUAUAGCUCUUGCUGAAAUAUACUUCCUGGCUAAGAAACUGAAUGAAGAAUUAUCAGUACCAGAAACUGUUCAGCUCGGUGGACCUGUCAAGUUUGGUAAUGAAGUCGAUUAUGUCAGUGAUAACAAAAAUGCUAUCACAAAAGAACAUCAGGAUUAGAUGCAUAAAAAACGUCUAAACCUUUAUUAGAUAUAACUUAGUGUAUUGAUAUAUAUGUAUAGUUAUUAAUUUUCCAAAAAAUAAAUUAUUGUAAGUGCCCAAAUGUGUACUAUUGAGUAGUAACUCUUCCACGUCUGUACCACAGUGAAGUAAACCCCCCUAUAAGCUUAGAGCUGUAUUUAUUUUCACUUCAUAAAAAAAAUUUAAAACAUAUUUUUUAGUUUAAAAAAAUCAGGUUUUCUAACAGUAAAAAAAACAGCUCUCAAUUAUGUGUUUGAUUUAUAACAAGUAAUGUACUAAAUGUAUUAUAAAGUUGUUGAAAUUAGGAAACCUUUGUAAAAUUUGGCUUUAUUCAACUAAAAAUGUACAUACAGAGAGAAGAAUGUACCUGCAUGUUUAUAUAAAAACAUUAGUUAAAUAAAAUCUUACAAGACUA